AUGGAGCACACAAAGUCAUAUGUGCUUGUCGCUCUCUUCGCAUUGCUUCUCUUGACCGAUACUGUCAUUGCACAGAGCGAUGGCGGCAAAGACAACGGUAAAGUUGUCAAGGGGAGUGAGGUUCAAGUAGACAAAGCUGGUAACGGUAACGGUCUCGGUCCAAAGGACAAGGAGAAGGAGAAGAAGGACAAGGAGGAGAAAGAGAAGAAGGACAAGGAGAAGAAGGAGAAAGACAAGAAGGACAAGGAGGAGAAGGAAAAGAAGGAUAAGGAGAAGAAGGAGAAAGACAAGAAGGACAAGGAGGACAAGGAAAAGAAGGACAAGGAAAGGAAAGAAAUGGAGAAGAAGGAGAAAGAGAGGAAAGAGAAGGAGAAGAAGGACAAGGAGGAGAGUGAAGCGGCUGCGAGAUACAGGUUGCUUUUACCGUUGCCUUCAGGACAAGAGCUAGCGAUUUGCCAGGCUCGAACUGCAUGUUAUUACAAGAUUCUUGUUUGUCCUCGUGAAUGUUCCCAGAGGAGGCCCGCGAAGAACAAGGACACCAAGGGUUGCUUCAUUGACUGCUCUAGCAAAUGUGAAGCUACAUGCAAAUGGAGAAAAACGAACUGCAAUGGCUAUGGAUCUCUAUGCUACGACCCUCGAUUUGUGGGAGGAGACGGUGUGAUGUUCUAUUUCCAUGGAUCCAAAGGUGGAAACUUUGCCAUUGUUUCAGACAACAAUCUCCAGAUCAACGCUCACUUCAUCGGUACAAGACCCGUUGGCAGAACCAGAGAUUACACAUGGGUUCAAGCCCUAAAUGUCAUGUUCGAAAACCACAAGCUCGUGAUCGCAGCCAACAGAGUGACUCAAUGGGAUGAAAAAUCUGACGCUUUCACUCUCAGAUACGACGGAGAUCUCAUCACACUCCCUGAAGACGAACAAUCCGAAUGGACAGCGAUUUCGGGACAAAAAAGAAAGAUCGUCAUCGAGAGAACCGACGAGAGAAACAGCGUGAGAGUACUUGUCUCUGGUCUUGUUCAGAUGGACAUCAAGGUGAGACCAAUAGGGAAAGAAGAGAACAGAGUUCACAACUAUCAGCUGCCGCAAGAUGACGCUUUUGCCCAUCUUGAGACUCAGUUCAAGUUCUUAGACCUAAGUGAGCUCGUCGAGGGUGUUUUGGGGAAAACCUACCGUCCUGAUUACGUCAGCUCCGCCAAAACUGGAGUCCCAAUGCCUGUGAUGGGAGGAGAGGACAAAUACCAAACGCCUUCUUUGUUUUCGCCCACUUGUAGACUCUGCAGGUUCAAGCCUCUAGAAGUAUCUUUCUCUGCUGAUAUCUAA